AUGAUAGUGCCGAUUUCUCACGAAUUAGCUCUUAAAUUAAUAGAAAGUGUUGGUUGGCACAGCGACCAAUUAACAAACCUUGGACCGCGUCCGAUCAUUGGCUCGCUUUCACUUGGUACCACGCGUCAAUUUCGUCUUCGUCGAGUUAAUGAAAGUUCGUCCAGAAUAAUAUCCAUUCCUCUCCCUCAUAAUUCACUUCUUAUCAUGUGGCCACCCUGUCAAGAACUUUGGAAGCAUGAAGUAUGCUCUCAAAAUGUCAUUGAUAAUCUCCAUCCAAUCGCAGGAUCAAAGAGGAUAAACAUCACUUUCAGACAAUUCAGAGAUGAAUAUACUGCUGAAUGGACACCAAAGUGUUCAUGUGGGAUUCCAUGUGUUUUGAAACCAGUAAUGCGGGGCUCAAAUAUUGGCCGAUAUUUUUACAUGUGUUAUGCUGCAGGAGUUAAUGAAGGUCAAAAGUGUGAAUUUUUUGAGUGGUUGGAUAUUUCUAAACGGCAAAUCGAUUACAAGAGGAAAUAUGGUUCUUUUGAAUCCAUCUGA